CCGUCAGUCGGCGCGGCUGGCCAGUGCGCGGCGUGGAGCGCGAGCCGGGGCAGGACGCGCGGCCGGGGCCGGGGCUGCAAGAUCGGCGCCCGCCGCGGGCGAGGCCUGGGCCGCGAUGGCAGAGAUGGGCAGCAAGGGGGUGACGGCGGGGAAGAUCGCCAGCAACGUGCAGAAGAAGCUCACUCGCGCGCAGGAGAAGGUCCUCCAGAAACUGGGGAAGGCAGAUGAGACAAAGGAUGAGCAGUUUGAACAGUGUGUCCAGAAUUUCAACAAGCAGCUGACCGAGGGCACUCGACUGCAGAAGGAUUUGCGGACCUACCUGGCCUCGGUCAAAGCCAUGCAUGAGGCCUCUAAGAAGCUGAACGAGUGUCUGCAGGAGGUGUAUGAGCCCGACUGGCCUGGCAGGGACGACGCGAAUAAGAUCGCCGAGAACAACGACCUGCUCUGGAUGGAUUUCCACCAGAAGCUGGUGGACCAGGCGCUGCUCACCAUGGACACGUACCUGGGCCAGUUCCCUGACAUCAAGUCACGCAUCGCCAAGCGAGGGCGGAAGCUGGUGGACUACGACAGUGCCCGGCACCACUUCGAGUCCCUCCAAACCGCCAAAAAGAAGGAUGAAGCCAAAAUCGCCAAGCCUGUCUCGCUGCUUGAGAAAGCCGCCCCCCAGUGGUGCCAAGGCAAACUGCAGGCUCAUCUCGUAGCUCAAACUAACCUGCUCCGAAAUCAGGCCGAGGAGGAGCUCAUCAAAGCCCAGAAGGUGUUUGAGGAGAUGAAUGUGGAUCUGCAGGAGGAGCUGCCAUCCCUGUGGAACAGCCGUGUAGGUUUCUAUGUCAACACGUUUCAGAGCAUUGCGGGCCUGGAGGAAAACUUCCACAAGGAGAUGAGUAAGCUCAACCAGAACCUCAAUGACGUGCUGGUCAGCCUGGAGAAACAGCACGGCAGCAACACUUUCACGGUCAAGGCCCAGCCCAGAAAGAAAACUAAACUGUUCUCCCGGCUGCGCAGAAAGAAGAACAGCGACAAUGCCCCUGCCAAAGGGAACAAGAGCCCUUCACCUCCGCCAGAUGGCUCCCCUGCCGCCACCCCCGAGAUCAGAGUCAACCACGAGCCCGAGCCAGCCAGUGUGGCCACACCCGGGGCCGCCCUCCCUAAGUCCCCGUCUCAGCUCCGGAAAGGCCCACCAGUCCCUCCGCCUCCCAAACACACCCCGUCCAAGGAGGUCAAGCAGGAACAGAUCCUCAGCCUGUUUGACGACACGUUUGUCCCUGAGAUCAGCGUGACCACCCCCUCCCAGUUUGAGGCCCCGGGCCCCUUCUCGGAGCAGGCCAGUCUGCUGGACCUGGACUUUGACCCCCUCCCGCCUGUGGCGAGUCCCGUGAAGGCGCCCACGCCCUCUGGUCAGCCAAUUCCCUGGGACCUCUGGGAGCCCACAGAGAGUCCAGCGGGCGGCCUGCCUUCCAGGGAGCCCAGUGCUGCCGAGGGCACCUUUGCUGUGGCCUGGCCCAGCCAGACGGCCGAGCUGGGGCCUGCCCAACCAUCGGAGGCCUCGGAGGUGGCGGGUGGGACUCAACCUGCAGCUGGAGCCCAGGAGCCCCGGGAGACGGCAGCAAGUGAAGCAGCCUCCAGCUCUCUGCCUGCUGUCGUGGUGGAAACCUUCUCUGCAGCUGUGAACGGUACCGUGGAGGGCGGCAGUGCGGCUGGGCGUGUGGACCUGCCCCCGGGGUUCAUGUUCAAGGUGCAGGCCCAGCAUGACUACACGGCCACUGACACAGACGAGCUGCAGCUCAAGGCUGGUGAUGUGGUGCUGGUGAUCCCCUUCCAGAACCCCGAGGAGCAGGAUGAAGGCUGGCUCAUGGGCGUGAAGGAGAGCGACUGGAACCAGCACAAGGAGCUGGAGCAGUGCCGGGGCGUCUUCCCCGAGAACUUCACCGAGCGAGUCCAGUGAGGGCGGCGGCCGCUGCAGCCCUCUGGGCGUGUGAAGAACACUUUUCCCGAAAAAUGUGUGGUUUUUUCCGUUUUUGUUUUUAAACUUUUGAAAAGCAAAGGGAAAUCCAGAGGAGAGACCUAAGCCAAGAGGUGUGCUCCCGAGGGUUAGGUUGUUUUCCAAAGAGCCUGGUUUCGGCAAGUCCGGUGGCGUCACCAGUGUUCCUGAAGCUGCUGUGUCCCCUAGUUGAGUUCCCGGCGCCCGCCCCGCCCGCCGGGCUCGCCGCGCAUGCGCGCCGCCCGGGGCUCCGCGUGCUGCCUGGCGAGGGUCCUCUUUUCCCCCCCGGCAGCUGCUGCGGGUGGGGUCCCGUCUCUCCAGAGACCUCGGGGCCCAGACACCCCGCUCCGCAGCCCGUCUGUGUGCCGUUUGAAAUAAAUCUUAGUGUUCAAACCAAAAUGAAACAAAAGCUGUCAACGCUCAGAAAA